GUCUCUGUUGCUUAUGGCGAUUAGAGGGUUAACCAUUAUGGUAGGCCUCCUUUGUGGGGCCUCUGCUGCUGCCGGUGAAAUCCGCGAGGUUAUUUCCCGUGGUGGUGGUUUCGGUAGUCUCGACAAGGACGUCUCCGUCCAGGAGGCAGUAGUGGUCAAAGUCGAUGGCAAGUUCGACGUCAUACCGAUGGCACGCGACACGCCCCUGGCUGUUGCUUCUGGUCUCUACACCGACACCUUGUUCGAGCUGGGGUGGGAUCAGAUCCAGUUGGACUCGGGGUCCGACUACUAUUCCGACCUCGACAGGAUGUACGCCUUGGGUUACUUGGAAUCUUAUUUCCUCCAUGACCGUAUUUAUGACUUCUGGACUAACUAUAAGCAUAAUGAUGUCGACAAGGCCCCUGAGGGCGUCAGAGAGUGGUUCGAGGAUCAGCGUGCCUACGUUAAGAUCAUGACUGAGACUAGCGAGGACCCCUUCUGGAAGCGUAUGGCUUACGUCCAGGCCCAGACUCAGGGUUACAUCGACGGUUACCAACGCUAUCACUCCAAGGGUAAGGAGAUCGAUCCUCUGGAUAUGUAUAUUCUCCAGUCCUGGGGUGAUCUUGGUGAUGUUGCCGCCGCUUUCAAUGACGCCAAGUCUUUGGAGGGAGCUCGUGUUCUUAGCGAGACUACUCCCGAAUCUACGGCACCAUUUGUCGCUGGUCCCGGCACGUUGGAUGAGGGAAGCUGUACUGGUCUUAUUCGCCUAUUGCCUAAUGGCGAGAUUACUGUUGCUCAUAACACUUGGCGCCUCUAUGAGGGUUUCAUCCGUGUUUUUAAGAGGAUAACCUAUCCCAAUAAGCUCACUGUUACUAUGAGUAGCACUCCUGGCCUUAUCCAUAGUAAGGAUGACUUCUAUGUCCAAGAGAACGGCAACCUGAUCGCUAUGGAGACCACUAACGCUAUGCACGAUAAGAAGAUCUCGGCCACGAUUGCUACUGAUCCCGAAGCUCGUCAUGUUGCCCUCUCCUGGCAGCAGGUUACUUCUGCUGUGAUUUUCUCUACUACCAGUGAGGAGUUCGUUCAUACUAUGGCGGACAAGUAUAACUCUGGUACGUAUAACAAUCAGUGGAUGGUCGUCGAUGUCGCUAAACACCGUGCUGGCGAGCGCGAGGGUGUUGCUAUGAUUGCUGAACUGUCUGUUGGUUAUACUCACUUGGGUGAUGUCAGCAGUGUGCUGUAUAAGAAGGGAUACUGGAAGUCUUACAAUAUUCCCUAUUUCCCAGAUGUUUUCGAGCAAAUGGGAUAUAACGACUCUGAUCCUCAGAGUAGCUAUCACCAGGCUAGUCGCAGUCUUAUUAGUGACCGUGAUGCGCCCAAGCUCUCCAACGUGGCUGAUGUGAUGCUAUUUUCCCGCUACAACGAGUAUCUCACUGAUCCUCUUUCUCAUGAGUGCUCUCGUCUCACUAUCGCCUCUCGGUAUGAUCUGAGUGACGAGGCCAAGUGUGGUGCUGGUGCUGGUCCCAGAGCCUUCGGUGCUAUCGAUGCUAAGAUUGUUAACUCUGGUGAUAUGAAGACUGUCCACGCUGUUUCCGGUCCCACCAACGAUCCUGAUAACGGCAUCCCUGUUUUCCAGUGGAGCACUUCUGUUGUUGAUGACCAAAUCAUGCACGUUGGUAUGCCUGAUCGCUAUGAUUUCCCUUGGGUGCGUUUCAAUUCUCACUCAUGGGAUACCGAGGCUCUGACUGAUGCCGAUAAGCAGUGUGCUGAUAAUGAUGAUGCCCGCAUCGUGGCUGUACAAGUUGAGAAGUCUGGAAAGACUCUACUUAUCUAGUUUAAUCGUAUAGAGACCUUUUUGUGGUCUUUUUUUUCUGUUUGCCAUCUAUUGUAAAUGAUGGUUGCUUAUGACGUUUAUCGUGGGAUUUGGCCGUUGUAGACCACCUUAUCACCUCAAGCCUUGUAGUCGUUCAAACUGAUGUAGUUGUACGAUAGAAACAACGCUU